UGCUUUGCUUAGACAGACUGAUUUUUUCGAGAUUGAUAGGUAUAGUUAAAUUUCUUGACAUGUCAGAAUAGAUUUGCACUGUUGAAUAGAAUUAUUUGAAGAGAGAAUAAAUUAUUUUAGUGGAUAUAAUAUUCAUCACGUUGAUUUAAGAUAAAGUUGUGACACUUGCUAAGAGUACUGCAAACGUGAAAUAAGAAAAAAACAAGAUUUAGAAAUUUGUUUAGGGUAUUCCAGAAAUGGGGCGAAUUUUUUUGGAGCACAUCGGAGGGUCCCGUUUGUUUCACUGUGCGUCAUGUGACAUUGUUCUAACAAACAGAAGUGAAUUGAUAAGCACAAGGUUCACUGGUGCUACUGGGAGAGCUUUUCUCUUCAAUAAGGUGGUCAAUCUUAACUACAGUGAGGUACAAGAUAGAGUGAUGCUGACGGGACGUCACAUGGUGCGGGAUGUCUCCUGUAAGAACUGUGAUGCCAAGCUCGGCUGGAUCUAUGAGUUUGCCACAGAAGAGAACCAACGCUACAAGGAGGGCCGAGUGAUCCUUGAGAGAGCUCUGGUCACGGAGAGUGACGGCAUAGAUGAACACAUGGGUGAUGGUUGAAUUUAAAUUACAUUAUGCUGGACAAACUGUACAUAUUUUUAUUUUGACAUGGAAACUAGGUGUGUUUAUCAUAAAACAUUUUAGUGAUUAAGAUAUAUUAAAACUUUAUUUUUAUCAACAAGAAAUGUGAAUAAAUUUUAUACGAUAUUGCCAAUGUUAAUGUUAAUGUCAAUCAGUUAGUUUUUUUCAAAUGUUUUCUACAUUUUUGUAAUUUAUUUAAGAAGGCAGUGUCACUUUGUAUGUGUAUCUAAUAUAUUUUAUAUAAAGAAGCCUUGUUGAAAAAUUAUUUUGAAAAUUUACAAAAUGUCUAUUUUGUUAAAAAUUAACUGUAUCCUUUGUAAUAAAAUUGUUAUAUUUUUAUGCUUGGUUUUCAUAUUUAAAGAAUCUUGUUUUCAUUUCAGUGUACAAGCUAUUUUAGUUCACACAAGUUCUAAUUGCACAAUUUUAUUAAUUUCUUGUACUUCCUUAACAAAAUAAAGAUUUUUGCACA